GACAAAACCAGAUCAUAGAGACAAAAAAUAUAAUUCAUUUAGUCAUUACAUUUGAACAACACCAAUUGACCAGCGGUCAACGUGAGCUGGCUUUAAUUUGAGACUCAGUAUUUUUAAGUAAAAAUUGUGUUCACCAUAAUGUCAAGUCACGGAAGUACCACAGGUCCAUGGACAAACCGAAGACGAAACUCAAAACGGGUCAAAUCUCCAUCUUCUAGGGAGUACGAAGUCAUGGCACAGUUGAAAUCCACCCAAGAAGAUCUCAAGAACGCUAAGGAAGAAUUGGAACAAGAGAAGGCUAAUCGUCAGGAACUGCAAUCGAAACACAGCGAACUGCAAGUGAAACACGAAGCAGUGGUGAAAUCAAACGAAAAACAUGGACGAAUAUUGGAAAGAAUUAAGAAUGAUAAUGAAAAGAAAGGUAGACAGAUUGAAACGCUACAGCGAGAACAGACGUACAAUCAACUACGAAUUAAAAACCUGGAGUUGCGAGUUUCUGAAGUUGAGAAAACUGAAAUGCAAUUAGAGCAACUGAGAGAGGUUCUCAAAGGAAGCCAAACCAAUGUAAGGGACAAAGAAAUGGAAAUCAGGACAUUGAAACAGAGCCUGGAGGACACCAACAAACAACUUAGUAACGCCCGGGAAAGCAUUGCAGAAUUAAACACCAGAAUAAGUGACCUCAAUGAACAGGUGCGCGACGAAGUCAAGAGAAAUCAAUUAUUGGAAACGGAACUUGAAGUUGUGCCAAUACUAGAAAAAGAGUUGGAUGAAACCAAAGAAACACUUGCAUUGAGUAAAAAACAUUUACAAGAGAGAAAAGCUCAGUUGUCGUUAGCCAGGCAAACAAUAAAGGACCAAAGAAACAAAAUACAGAGUUUGGAAGCUGAGGUGAGCACGAUUCCUGAUUUGGAAGAAGAGUUGAGAAUGGCGCAUUACGAGAUCUUGACGCUGAAAAAAUUGUUGAUCGGAAAAGACAGUCUUGUUGUACAAAAGACACAGGAACUUGAGAAUAUUAAAGAUCAAAUGAACGGAGACGUCUGGUCUAAGUACAUAGCAACCUACCCUAUUGGUGCACAUUUAAAAAUUAAUCACAUAGAUUCAAGCCCAUCAAGCUCAACUUACAACUCAGAUGGCAAUAAUUAUAAUAAAGGUGUUCAACAGAAUGGCAUGGUGGAAUCCUCAUCACCAACUCAUCACAGAGUUCAUAAGUAUCCAAUCAACAAGCAGCUGGAUGUCAGCCGCCCACCGUACACAAACUCUACAAAUAUAGAACAACGGCAACGUCUCGAAAGUAGCACGUCUGGUGACAGAGGUACGGAACCGCCAAAACAGGAACAAUUAUCAAAUUCACCAAAAAGACGUGUGAAAACAGCAAUCGUCAAACCACAAAUGGCCAAUCAAAAAGACUGGGAAUCACCGUCCAACGAGACCCGCAACCGCAGACCACACACUUCACUUGGUUUCCAUCGGCGAUCGCCAUCACCAUCGUCGAUUAGAAAUGGUGGCAAGCCAGGACAUGUACAUUUACCACCGGGAAGUGUUGUGUUAGAGGAAGACUGGAUGCGAGCACAUUAUCUACAUGUUGGAGAUAGGAUAACAUUCAAACAGGAAGACAAGUACAGUAAAAAUAAAGACAAGGAUGCAGAGAAACCACCUUUAACUGGCGUAGUAAGAUUUGUCGGUAAAGUUGACAGGGGAUAUGUGGACCACAAGAUAUAUGUUGGACUCCGAUUGGAUGAACCAAUCGGCGACACAGAUGGCGUCAUCCUGGGCAAAAGAUAUUUCAAUGUCAUGCCACGUCAUGGUAAACUUGUGAAAAUAUCUGAAAUUAUAUCAGUCCUUAAUCUGAAGAGCACUUUUUACAAAUCAAUGAAGCAGUGUUUGCGAGAAGAAAGAAUAGAAACCGGGCGGACAAAGGUACAAACGGGAACAACAUCUGACACUCGACAACUUAUUAGAGUACACUGA